AUGAACGCAGAACGUUCGAAAUAUGCUGCCACGAUUUUGGUCGGCAAAAAACCACUCGAAGCCACCGAAAUUAUUCGAUUGCGACUUUCACAGGCCAAACUCAUAAACAAGCAAUUCUUCUUGCUGUUCCGGGAGUUGGCGGAAUUGAAACGUCACCAGGCUCAGCAAUUACGCCAGAUUAUUGCAAAGAAUGAAGAUUUGAACAAGCUGUUGAUGCGGGACAUGCUCGAAAGUAGGGUUUUGACGUCAGAAGAGUUGCGUGACUUUCGGUUCGAUUCAUUGGGCGAAGUGGCCGGACUUUGGGAUGGGAUCAUAGGCGGUCUGAAAGUGGACUUGCAGUCCAGCUCUGCGUUGCACCAUUUGCUCGAUAGAAACGUAUCUGCUGAGCUCAGGGAAUCGACAGAAAGAGACCCCCUAUGGCUGCAGAGCAGAAAGCUGCAUUCCGAUUUGUGUAGAAUAGCAACGGAACACGACCAACUCACGAAAAAGGACAACGCAGGAUCGGAGUCCGUAAACACAGAAAGACUCCGUGAAAUCAACAGCCAAUGGGACUCGCAGGCCGCUAAUCUAUUUGAGAUUUUCGAAGAAACAGAUUAUAGACGACUACUAGAGCUAAAGAACUGCAUUUCCAGGUAUGAAAGCGGACUGAUCGACUAUUCGAAUUCGAACCGGGAGCAAUGUGAAAAGACGAUGGCUCAUGUUCUGAACUUCGAUGUCGAGGGAGAAAUCGAUAGAUUUGCGCAAGCUGCCUUAAAGUACGAUUUCGACUUCAAAAUACCAGCCGUCCAACAAACUGACGUCACUUCCUCAUCUGAAACUGGCUCUGGUGCUUACAAAAAACACGAGAAGUCUACGAAAAAUGGCCAUGGGGCUUUUGGUGGACUUGCUAACAGGCUGUCGUCGUCAGGUACUGUAGUCAAGCACGACCUUAUGAAAUCCGAGUUUUCAGAUUCCGCCAACAACACAACAUUGAAAUCGAAGCAACCCACGAACAAACUCAAGUCAAAAAUGGGCUCGCUUUUUGGGCGGAAAAAAUUGAAAAAUAAGAAAUCUGGAAAGCUGCAGGAAAAUGCCAUCACCGAAGCGGAAGAGGCAUCAGUGAGGACAUCCGAUUCAACUCGGAAUCGCAGCACAAACGUCAAUUCAGAUUCCGACUCUCAAAUUUAUACCUCUCGUGCUACUGCCGAGACAUCCAAUAAUGUGAAUGAAGCCGAUCUGCCUCCACCUAAACCAAGUUUCACCGGGACAAGUUCAACACUCUCGAUCAAUCAACCAUCGUUAAAACCACAGCCUAGAGGAAGAACGAACACAGGCGAUCUGCGCGCUGCUGAUGGUACAUUACCUGCACGCAGCAACGAUGUGCCCAAUUCGGCAAAUGACUCGCAAUCAGGAGAAGCGUCCCGCUCUACGGUUGGGGUCCCUGAACCCGUCACGAAUACUACACAGCCCAUUCACAUUCAAGCUCCCCAGGUACCCGCUCCCCCUCCAGCUCGCAAAACAGGCCACCCUAUUGCAGCAACUUUGGCAAGGGAGUCGCAUGGCUCUGUUCCCGCACCAGCUAUAAGUGCGAGACGCGACAUUCAAUCGACCCUGUUCACUGACCUCUCUCAAGCUGAUAUAGAUGCACAACAGAAUAAGCGUCAGUCAUCGCUUGCUUCUCAAAUGACCGGAGAAUUGAAGGCUUUGAAUCCACAAGUUACAGGUUCAUCGAUAUCAGUCGCUCCGGCCACGGGUCAAUCAAUUUUUCAGCACUCAGAGCUCACGUCUUUCGGAUUCAAUGCAAGCGUGGCCGAAGUUAUCAGUGCCACUUUCCGUGAAGGCGGUCUGAUCUCUUCUCAGCUCAUAGGUGAGAUUGCUCUCAACUUCGUGGCUGAUAGCGACACUUUGCCAAUCGACAUAAACUUGAGGAUCAAAAACUUCGAAAGCGUGGAAAAGGUCAUUGUUAAUCACGCGUUUAUCGAGCAGGUUGGGCCUGGUGCUUUCAAAGUGAAUCCUCAGUUUAUCGAGUCCAAAACCUUGGGCGCUUUCAAAUACGCACUUUCUGACCCUGUCGCCCCAAUUGUGAUUAAUCCAGUAUGGCGAUUCGAGAAUCAUCAAUCUAGCGUAGCACUCACGCUCAGUAUAGCGCCCAACGUCCACGCUUCUAUCCAGCAGUUGGUUAUUGAAGACCUCAUUGUGUUUGUAUCAAUCGAGGGUGCCAAUGCCACAAGUGCACUUUCAAAGCCACAAGGCUCUUUCAGUAGGGAGAAAAAGAGAAUCACUUGGAGGUUCAAGGAGCCCAUUACUAUCAAUAGAAAUGGGGAACAGCGGUUGAUCGCGAGGUUUUUGACUGACGGAAAGGCUUCCGAGUCGCCAAAAGGUGUUGAAGCCAAGUUCACGAUUAGAAACUUGAACUCAGGAGACUCUAUUGAGUUAGAGAGUCAGGAAGUCGAUGCUACUGAUCCUUUCGCGGCCGAUGCAGCUUGGAGUCUUGUUUCUUCCAAGCGUACGAUGGUCGCUGGAAAUUAUUCGGGACUUUCGUGA